GCCCGUCCCUCCCGCCGCCUCCGGGGCUCGGGCCCCGCUCCCCGUGUGAGGAGGGAGCAGCGAGGCCGGCGUGGAUGGUGCGAGGGGCGGGCGCGGAGGGAGUUUGAAGUUGGGGGUUUCCGCCGAGUCCGCCCCUCGCCGUUCCCGAGCGCAGCGGGGGAGGAAUGCCAAACCCGGAGAGGCAUGGGGGCAAGAAGGACGGCGGCGGGGCGUGCUCGCAGCCGGGCGGCGGCGGCUCCAACAGCAAGGAGAGGCACCGGGCGGGCUCCAGGCACAAGAGGCACAAGUCCAGGCACUCCAAGGAGUCCCCGCUGGCGGCCCAGGAAGCGGCGGCGCCCCUGGGAGCGGUGAUCAAGCCGCUGGUGGAGUACGAUGACAUCAGCUCGGACUCGGACACCUUCUCGGACGAUGUGGGCCUCAAGCUGGACAGGAGGGACAACGACGAGAGGAGGGCGGAGAGGAGCGAGAGGGCCCAGAAGCACCGGCACCACCAGCACAAGCGGCUCCGGGAGCUGAUGAAGAGCAAACAGGCGGAGAAGGACAGGAAGUUGGAAAAGAGCCUGGAUGCUUCCAGCAGGUCCGCCAAGGAGAGGAUCUCGGGAUCCUCCAAGAGGCUCCUGGAGAGCGAGGAGCACCCCAAGGCGCUCUCCUCCUCCAAGAGCAGCAACAAGGAAUCGCGCUCGGCCAAGGCGCACAAGGAGAAAUCCAGGAAGGAGCGGGAGCUCAAGUCCAGCCACAAAGAGCGCAGCAAAAGCCAUCGCAAAAGGGAUGCUCCCAAAAGUUACAAAACCAUCGACAGCCCCAAGAGGAAAUCCAGGAGCCCUCACAGGAAAUGGUCGGACAGCCCAAAACUGGACGACAGCCCUUCGGGAGCUUCCUACGUGCAGGAAUACGACCUCAGCCCGCCCCGCUCGCACACCUCCAGCACCUACGAUCCCUACAGGAAAAGCCCCGGCGGAUCCUCACGCCGCCAAUCCCUCAGCCCGCCCUACAAGGAGCCCGUGGGUUACCAGUCCAACGCCCGCUCGCCCAGCCCUUACAGCCGGCGGCAGCGAUCCGUGAGCCCCUACGGCCGGAGGCGCUCGUCCAGCUACGAGCGGGGCAGCGGCUCCUACAGCGGGAGGUCCCCGAGCCCCUACGGGCGCCGCCGCUCCAGCAGCCCCUUCGCCUCCAAGCGCUCCGUCAGCCGCAGCCCCAUCGCCAGGAAAUCGGUGAAAUCGCGGAGCCGCAGUCCUGGCUACUCGAGGCACUCAUCUCACAGCAAAAAGCAGAGGUCUGGCUCCCGCAGUCGCCAUUCCAGCAUCUCCCCCAGCAGGCUCCCACUCAACUCCAGCCUCGGAGCAGAGCUCAGCAGGAAGAAGAAGGAGCGAGCGGCCGCGGCAGCCGCUGCGGCCAAGGUGGACGGCAAGGAGGCGAAAGGCUCCCCCGUUUUCCUGGCUAGGAAGGAGAACAGCUUGGCUGAACUAAAGGAGGCUGGGACGGAGUCUAAAAAAGUCACCAAAACUGUUAAAUCUGAGAAAGCUCCGGACACGGACUCGGUUCAUUCACUGUCCACCAACGCAGAGCCUAAAGCCCCUGCGGAGACAACGAAAUCCAAGGCGGAGGAGAACUCGGAGAGGAAACAUCCUGUUCCACUUAGGGAUUCCAAACCCACGGGAACAAAAGACUCGAAGCCUGUAGCAGUGGUAGAGGACCUGGUAUCUCCAAAGGAGACAGAGGCAGCAGAGAAGGAGAUUCCACCCCCCCUCCCCACCAUCAAAUCCCCUCCUCCGCCUCUGCCCACCGCCACCCCUCCGCCUCCCACGCCGCCGCUGCCGCCGCUGCCUCCGGCUCCUGCUGUCCCUCCUUUGCCUCCAGCCCCAGUGGCUCCCGUUCAGGUCCCUCCUUCAGCCCCAACGUCUUUGCCAUCCUCUUCCUCCCACCCAAGGACGUCUACUUUAUCCUCUCAGGUGAACUCCCAGUCCUCUGUCCAGGUGGCUACAAAAACCCAAGUGUCUGUGACGGCUGCUAUCCCACACCUGAAAACUUCCACCUUGCCUCCGCUUCCGCUCCCCCCUAUUUUAGUUGGGGAAGAUGACUUGGAUAGUCCGAAAGAGAUUCUUCCUCCAAAACCUGUGAAGAAGGACAGAGAGCAGAGACCACGACACUUACUCACGGACCUCCCGCUCCCCCCAGAGCUCCCUGGGGGGGACCCCUCUCCUCCCGACUCCCCAGAACCAAAGGCAGCCACACCACCUCAGCAACCCUUCAAAAAGAGACCAAAAAUCUGCUGUCCUCGCUACGGGGAGAGGAGGCAGACGGAGAGCGACUGGGGCAAGCGCUGCGUGGACAAGUUCGACAUCAUCGGGAUAAUCGGAGAAGGGACCUACGGGCAGGUGUACAAAGCCAAGGACAAGGACACAGGUGAGCUGGUGGCUCUGAAGAAGGUGCGCCUGGACAACGAGAAGGAAGGAUUCCCCAUCACGGCCAUCCGCGAGAUCAAAAUCCUGCGGCAGCUCAUCCACCGCAGCGUGGUCAACAUGAAGGAGAUCGUCACAGACAAACAAGAUGCACUGGAUUUCAAGAAGGACAAAGGUGCCUUUUACCUUGUGUUUGAGUACAUGGACCAUGACCUAAUGGGGCUGCUAGAAUCUGGCUUGGUACAUUUCUCAGAGGACCAUAUCAAGUCUUUCAUGAAACAGUUAAUGGAGGGCCUGGAUUACUGUCACAAAAAGAAUUUCCUUCAUCGAGACAUCAAGUGCUCCAACAUCUUACUGAACAACAGUGGGCAGAUCAAACUUGCGGAUUUUGGGCUCGCCCGACUCUACAGCUCGGAGGAGAGCCGUCCCUACACCAACAAAGUCAUCACGUUGUGGUACCGACCCCCAGAACUGCUGCUCGGGGAGGAGCGUUACACCCCUGCCAUCGACGUGUGGAGCUGUGGCUGUAUCCUCGGGGAACUGUUUACAAAGAAGCCUAUUUUUCAAGCCAAUCUGGAGCUGGCUCAGCUUGAAUUAAUCAGCCGGCUCUGUGGGAGCCCCUGCCCAGCCGUGUGGCCAGAUGUCAUCAAGCUGCCCUACUUCAACACCAUGAAGCCCAAGAAGCAAUACCGGCGGCGUCUGCGCGAGGAGUUCUCCUUCAUUCCCUCCUCUGCCCUGGACCUGCUGGACCACAUGCUGACGCUGGACCCUGGCAAGCGCUGCACAGCAGAGCAGGCCCUGCACAGUGACUUCCUGAAGGACGUUGACCUCAGCAAAAUGGCACCUCCAGACCUCCCCCACUGGCAGGAUUGCCACGAGCUGUGGAGCAAGAAGCGCCGGCGGCAGCGGCAGAGCGGGGUGGCCGUGGAGGAACCUCCGCUAUCAAAAGUUUCUCGGAAAGAAACUACCUCUGUUACAAGCACAGACACUGUGAAAAACAACAGCAGUCCUGUGCCCCCCCAGCCUGCCCAGCUCAAAGCAGAGCCUGGUGCUGCAGAUGCAGUAGGCCUGGGCGACAUCACGCAGCAGCUGAACCAGAGCGAGCUGGCCGUGCUGCUGAACCUGCUGCAGAGCCAGACCGACCUGAGCGUGCCGCAGAUGGCCCAGCUGCUCAACGUGCACUCCAACCCCGAGAUGCAGCAGCAGCUGGAGGCUCUCAACCAGUCCAUCACGGCCCUGACCGAGGCCACGGCGCAGCACCACGAGCCCGCGGCGGAGGAAGCCGUAGAGGAGCCGCCUGCGGAGGUGCCCGAGGAGCAGCAGACUCCAGAGGCAGCCAGCGCUCAGGGAGACAUGCAGAACGUGCUGGCCGUUCUGCUGAGCCAGCUGAUGAAGAGCCAGGAGCCUGGGAUAACCCUGGAGGAGAGCAACGGGGAGAAGAGCAGCGAGCAGAGGGGCCCCAGGAAAAGCCCGGCGACGACGACGAGGCAGCCCGAGGAGAGCACAGCGUGUCCUCCCGGCCUUGUCCCACCAGAGAAGAGACCCCCCGAGCCCCCCGGACCGCCUCCUGCCGCUGCCGUGGCCGAAGGGGAUCUCUCCGGAGCAGCCCAGGAGCUGAACCCGGCCGUGACGGCUGCGCUGCUCCAGCUCCUCUCCCAGCCCGACCCGGAGCCGCCGGCCCCGGACUACGCCAGGACUUUCAGCGCCGACGGCUCCGAGGAGCUCAACGCGGGCCAGACUCUUCUAGAACCUUCUGCCCAAGCCGUGGGGAAAAGCAGGACCUUCUUGGGCUCCGUGAGCCACCUCGGGGAGAGCAGCGGCUACCCGGGCUCGCUGCAGUUCCCGGGGGACCAGGACCUGCGCUUCGCCCGAGCCCCCGCCGGCGGCCACGCGCCGCGGCCCUUCGGCAAAGCCGAGGGGAGCGACGGCAGCGAGCCCAAAAUGCAGAAUUACGGCGAGCUGGGGCCGGGAACGCCCGGCUCCGGCGGGGCAGGAACGGGUCCCAGCUGGGCUGCCCCAACCCAGGCGCCGGCUUCCUACGGGAAGACGUUCCGAGGGCCUGGCCGAGUGCCUCCGCGGGGUGGCCGGGGCCGGGGGGUUCCCUACUGAGAUUCCUGGGAUCCCCCCCCACCCCUUGCCUCUCCUCCUUUAGCCACAGGACUUGAUUUUUUUUUUAUAUAUAUAUAAUUUUAAUUUUUUUUUUUAAUUUUUUUUUUUGUUGUUUUGGCCAGAGCAAGGUCUCGUCCGCAUUUCAGCUGCUGCAGAGUUCCCUGGGCAUCCCUCCCUGGCUCGGGAGCUGCCAGAGGGUCCCCGCUGGCCUCCCCUGCUUGGUUAGUGACAAAAAUAAUCCCGACCCCGCAGCAAACCGAGCCAGGAGAGGAGGGGAUUGAUGGAAAAGCAGGAAUGGAAGGAAGAAGCAAUUUUAAAAAUGCUGUUUUCCCCAAGCUGGGCACUGGAGUUUGCUGAUGGGUCAGGGAGGCCUGGGGGGAGGCUGCUUCCCAAAGCGGUUUUAUUUUUGUUGUUUUGUUUGUUUGCCCCAUUUCCUUAAAAAAAAACGAAACAAAAGAACAAAUGAAAAGGGGAAUUUAUCGAUGCAGAGGCACCUGGAUGGGUUAUCCCAGCGGUGGGGACCUGGGAUGUGACACUGGUUGUGUUCAGUUUAUUUGAUGUUGCUUUCUUUCCACAAAGCAUUUUAUUUCCCUCUGCUCCAGGGCCGGUCCUGUCCCCUGUGGCAGCAGCCUUAGUACAUUGAUUUUUGGGAAGGGUCUCUGGGCGUUGGAUCCCUCCUGCUGUAACUUGCCAGUGGGAAUAGUCUUUUUUUAUUAUUAUUUUGGUUUUAUUUUUGUACUUUAAAUUUUUUUUUAAGAGCCGAGGAGAACGACUCCCUGAAAACCAGGGUUUUCUGUUGUUUGGAACUUUCAGAACCCUUCAAGAAUUAAAAAAAAAAAAAAAGGAAAUUAAAUGAAAAUCCCAACAUCUGGUGGGGUUUGCCACCAGAUGGGAGUGAUUUGUCCCCGGAAUCCUGGGCCAGUGCUGCCCACCCUGCCGGGGUCGGUGGCAUCUCAGCCCUCUGAGCUUUUCCAGGUGUUCCUGUGUCAUUUCCAUGAGCAUAUUUCUAUUUUUGUUCUCGUCAAGGAAGUAUUUACGAUGGGUUUUCUCCUCCCACAGACCCUUGCGCUGUUCAUUUCAAUGAGACUUAAAAAGAGAUGAAUAAAACAAAGGUACCUAUUUA